CAUGGAGAAGCUGGUGAUUUUCCACUCAAACUGAUAUUAAGGCAAGCGGCUCCAACGAGCGUCAUGGUCACGCGGGAAAAUUGCUUUAAUUGUUUCAAUCAACGUUGAACGAGGUAUACUUGACGAGGAGCAAGCCGCCCCGCGGACAGCAUGGCCCAGAAAGAGAAGCUUCAAUGCCUGAAGGAUUUCCACAAGGACACGUUGAAACCCUCACCGGGGAAGAGCCCAGGCACGCGGCCCGAAGAUGAGGCCGAAGGCAAGGCUCCGCAGAGGGAGAAGUGGGCCAGCAAGCUCGACUUUGUUUUGUCCGUAGCCGGAGGCUUCGUCGGAUUAGGAAAUGUCUGGCGUUUUCCUUACCUUUGUUAUAAGAAUGGUGGAGGUGCAUUCCUCAUCCCUUACUUCAUCUUCCUGUUUGGGGGAGGGCUGCCAGUCUUCUUCCUGGAAGUGGCACUGGGCCAGUACACCUCUGAAGGAGGCAUCACCUGCUGGGCCAAACUCUGCCCCAUCUUCACGGGUAUUGGCUAUGCCUCAAUCGUGAUCGUCUCCCUGCUGAAUAUCUACUACAUAGUGAUCUUGGCCUGGGGUCUGUACUACCUAUUUCAGUGCUUUCAGCCUGAGCUCCCCUGGGCCAAAUGCAAGCAGCCCUGGAACACAGAAUAUUGUGUGGAGGACACGGUUCGGAAAAACAAGUCCCUUUGGCUGAUGGCCAACGUUACCAAUUUUACCUCCCCUGUUACAGAAUUCUGGGAACGUAACGUCCUGAGCAUCUCCUCUGGGAUCGAAGAAAUCGGGCCCCUCAAGUGGGAUCUGGCCCUUUGCUUGUUGGCGGUGUGGGUUAUCUGCUUCUUCUGCAUCUGGAAAGGAGUCAAGUCCACUGGGAAAGUUGUGUACAUAACAGCAACCUUCCCGUUUGUGAUGCUGAUUGUGCUGCUCGUACGAGGAGUGACCCUGCCGGGGGCAUCAGAGGGCAUCAAGUUUUACCUUUACCCCAACCUGACUCGCCUGCAGGACCCAGAGGUGUGGAUUGACGCGGGUACCCAGAUUUUCUUCUCCUACGCCAUUUGUUUGGGUGCCAUGACAUCGCUGGGGAGCUACAACAAAUACAAAUACAACUGCUACAGGGACUGUUUGCUGCUGGGAGUCCUCAACAGCGGCACCAGCUUUGUGUCUGGCUUCGCAAUAUUUUCCGUCCUGGGCUUCAUGGCACAAGAACAAGGGGUGGACAUUGCCGAUGUGGCAGAGUCAGGUCCCGGCUUGGCUUUCAUCGCUUACCCUAAAGCAGUGUCCAUGAUGCCGUUGCCAACAUUCUGGGCCAUCCUCUUCUUUAUCAUGCUGCUGCUACUCGGUCUUGACAGCCAGUUUGUUGAGGUGGAAGGACAGAUCACGUCCAUUGUGGAUCUGUAUCCGGCCCUCCUCAGGCAGGGUUACCGGCGAGAGAUCUUCAUCGCCAUCAUGUGUUUCCUAAGCUAUCUCCUGGGACUCGCCAUGGUAACCAAGGGUGGCAUGUUCGUGUUUCAACUCUUCGACUACUAUGCAGCCAGCGGUGUGUGCCUUUUGUGGGUUGCAUUUUUUGAAUGCAUCGCUGUAGCCUGGGUUUAUGGAGUUGAUAAUUUUUACGAUGGAGUUGAGGAUAUGAUUGGCUACAGACCAAACCCGUGGAUGAAAUGGAGCUGGACCAUCAUCACACCAGUCCUCUGCAUGGGCUGUUUUGUCUUCUCGCUGGUCAAGUACAAGCCUUUGACCUAUAACAAAGUGUACAAAUACCCUGACUGGGCCAUCGGCCUGGGCUGGUGCUUGGCCUUGUCCUCCAUGAUCUGUAUCCCCAUGGUGAUGGUCAUCAAGAUCUUGCAAUCUGAAGGACCCCUCAUUGAACGGAUCAAAGCGGUGGCGGCCCCGGCAAAGUCAGGCGUGAGCUCCCGGCCCAAAGAGUACAUGGUGCCGAAAAACAGCGAGCUGACUCAGCCCCUGGACCCCAAUGGGAACAGCGGCUCCAUCAAGCCCACCCACACCAUUGUAGAAACAACCAUGAAACGUAAUGGAGAAAAUGGAGGAAGUAAAGAUUGAUACAGUGUCCGGAGCAAUGAGACACAAGAGGAAUAAAUAACAGGCGCAGUGAUGGACAGACAGCUCCACCAGCAAAUCCAUAUUCAUCUACUUCAUGUCCAGAUCAGCAGCGAAAAACCUCCAGGCAGCUUUUUGGUAGGCCGCAAAGUAACUACUUUCUUAUUCGGGCACCAGGAUGCCAUCAUCAGCACCCUAUCCUACAGAAAAUGCCAAGAAAACCAAAU